AUGUCUACCAAGGCAGAGCUCGUUACAGAGAUCUAUCUCCUCCUCGCUACCAUCCACCUCCACGGUUUCGACAUGAGUCUAGAGAUGGCACAACAGAUCUUCGACCGCUGGCCAAUGAUCAUUAGCGAACGUCCAAAAAGCCCCAAGGCCGUUUUGGAAAGCUACAACGCUAUUCUGCAGCAGAGGCCUGCAAGAAUCAUUACACAAGCUGCCGCAGAGACCAGCGCAAAGAUAGAGACGCCCCAGCCUGCUCAGACUCAGAGAAUCAUCAAGAGCGAAAGCAAGAGCGAGAACACACCUCAACUUGCUCAGAAGCACAAAGCUGUCAGAGACGAAAACACACCCAAAUCUCAGAACAAGAAGACAAUCUCAAACAAAAACACGUCUUCGCCUUUCAGUCUGACCAGCCAUUCCAGACAGCACAACCCCACUCCCAAUGCCCAAACCAACACCAUCCCUAAACCUACCGUCAAACCCACUCCUAAGCCCAUACCUAUACCUAAACUCGAGUCCAAGACCACUCCCGCUCCACGCGUCCCCAAACUCGAAUUUCCGGCCACUGCGUACAAGAAAGAACCCACCGGUAACCAUCUCCCCUCUUUAUCUAUCGCGUCAUCCUUUUCUGCAAAAAGAGCUUUCGUUGAUCUCAGCAACGACACUUCUAGCGAUGAUAACGACGACGACGACGAAACACCCUCAAAGGCACCAAGAAUGGGAUAG